GGCUACCGCCUUUUCACCGCCAGGCACCGGAAUUCUCACUCAUUUUACUUUUUAGGCACCAUUUUUACCACUUGGUCAAUAAAGUCGUCGUCCUUUGGCAAAGCCUCAAGUCAGCUCCUCAACCCUUUACCACGUAACGUACCGUACGCGUAAGAGGCAAACGUCAGCAAAAAUGCGUGAGAUUGUGCACGUUCAAGUCGGCCAAUGUGGCAACCAAGUCGGCUCCAGUUUCUGGCAAACCGUCUCUGGGGAGCAUGGCGUUGACGGCAGCGGCUCAUACAACGGAACCGACGACCAACAGCGAGAGCGCAUCGACGUUUACUUCGCCGAGGCCACAAAGGAUAAGUACGUGCCCCGCGCGGUCCUUGUGGAUCUUGAGCCCGGUCCUCAGGAUGCCAUCCGCGCCGGUCCUCUAGGCCAGCUUUUCCGCCCCGACAACUUCGUCGCCGGAAAUGCCAGCGCUGGUAACAACUGGGCCAAGGGUCAUUACACCGAAGGUGCUGAGCUCGUUGAGGAGGCCAUCGAUGUUGUGCGACACGAGGUUGAGAACUGCGACCAUCUUCAGGGUUUCCAGCUCACCCACUCUCUGGGCGGUGGUACCGGUUCCGGUAUGGGAACGCUUCUUCUGUCGAAAAUCCGUGAGGAGUUUCCCGAUCGUAUGAUGGCUACUUUUUCUGUUAUGCCUUCACCCAAGGUUUCUGAUACCGUUGUCGAACCAUACAACGCCACUUUGUCAUUGAACCAGCUUGUCGAGAACUCCGAUGAGACCUUCUGUAUCGAUAACGAGGCUUUGUACGACAUUUACGAGAAGACCUUGAAGAUCGCUGAUCCUUCUUAUGCCGAUCUUAACUACCUGAUCUCGACAGUUAUGGCCGGCGUGACAACAUGUUUCCGAUUCCCCGGUCAGCUCAACUCCGAUCUGCGCAAGUUGGCCGUCAACAUGAUUCCGUUCCCUCGACUUCACUUCUUCAUGGUUGGAUUUGCGCCUUUGACUGGUCGCAAGAUGCAGGGCUUCCAACAUCUUACCGUGCCCAGUCUGGCUCAGCAGAUUUUCGAUAACAAGAACGUUAUGGCUGCUGCUGAUUUCCGCAACGGUCGAUACCUCACUUGUUCCGCGAUUUUCCGCGGUAAGCUGUCGACAAAGGAGAUCGAAGACCAGAUGCUCAAGGUGCAAACCAAGAACUCAGAGUAUUUCGUCGACUGGAUCCCCAACAACGUGCAAACCUCCGUUUGCUCUGUUCCCCCCAGAGGUCUCCCCAUGGCCGCCACAUUCGUCGGAAACUCCACCGCCAUCCAGGAGAUCUUCAAGCGCGUCGACGACCAAUUCUCCGCCAUGUUCCGUCGCAAGGCCUUCUUGCAUUGGUACACCAGCGAGGGUAUGGACGAGAUGGAAUUCACCGAGGCUCAGUCCAACUUGCACGACUUGGUCAGCGAGUACCAGCAGUACCAGGAUGCUGAGAUCGACGACGAGGUUGAGGAGUACGAGGGUGAGGGUGAGCCUGAGGAGUAUGAGGGCUAGAGGGAUUGGAGAGCUGGUUAAGAUGAUAAACUAUUUGGCUUAUUAUUUCUUUAUUACCCCCAAAAUGCUUCAUCCCCUUCUAGUUCAUAUAUAGCAUUCAAAACUGAAAUUGGUUUAUUAGGCUUUGUUUAUAGCCGAUUCAUAAUUAUAUGGUCCUUUUUA